UUUCAUCUCAUUAGCACAUAUAUAUCUAAUAAAUAUAUACGAUUCAAGUUGUAACUUCUCAAGAACCCAACAAAUGAGGACUAGAACAAGCCAAACCCAAGAGCUCAAGCUUCUCCUCGUUUGUCUUUUCGCAGCCUUGGUUCUCAUCUUCAUCGUGAGAUCAACUCUUACAACUUCCCAGCAACACCAGACUCCAGAAGAGACUACUAGAUCAAAGGGUUGCGCUGGUGCCUGCAACAAGCUACCACGUUCCCUGGCGCAAGCCCUGAUCCAUUACUCUACUUCAGUGAUCACACCGCAACAAACUCUCAAGGAAAUAGUUGUCAGCAGUAGAGUACUCGAGAAGAAGUCACCCUGCAACUUCUUGGUGUUUGGUCUAGGCCAUGACAGCCUCAUGUGGAGCUCUCUCAACUACGGCGGCCGGACGGUAUUCCUCGAAGAAGACGAGGCCUGGAUAAAACAGAUCAAGAGACGGUUCCCCAUGCUGGAGUCAUACCAUGUAUCAUAUGAUAGUAAAGUCAACCAAGCAGAUAAUCUCAUAGAAGUUGGGAAAGGACCUGAAUGCACAGCCAUUGGAGAUCCAAGGUACUCAAUGUGUCAGCUAGCACUCAAAGGUCUGCCUGCAGAGAUCUAUGAGACAAGUUGGGAUCUAAUCAUGGUCGAUGCGCCUACUGGCUACUACGACGAGGCUCCUGGGAGGAUGACAGCUAUUUACACGGCGGGGAUGAUGGCAAGGAAUAGAGAACGGGCAGGAGAAACCGAUGUGUUUGUGCAUGAUGUGAAUAGAGAAGUGGAAGACAAGUUCUCAAAGGCUUUCUUGUGUGAAGGGUACAUAAAGAAACAAGAAGGAAGACUAAGGCAUUUCGUUAUCCCUAGCUAUAGAGAUGGAUCAGAAUCAAAUAGACCCUUUUGUCCAUAGUUGAAAAAAUGUUACCUAACACUACUCAGAAUCUGAACUCUUUUUUCUUGCUUACUGUUUCAAGAAACUAGACAAAGCUCAAACAGUAUAAGA